AUGCCCAUUGCAAAAAUUUCACCUUCUAUGCUAUCCAGUGAUUUUUCUUCACUUGCAGCUGAAGCCCAUCGUAUGGUCAAAAAUGGUGCUGAUUGGUUGCAUAUGGACGUUAUGGAUGGACAUUUCGUCCCUAAUAUAACAAUCGAUUGCCAUUUGAUGGUAUCAAAUCCAGAAAAGUGGGUAGAUGACUUUGCGAAAGCAGGGGCUUCAAUGUAUUGUUUUCAUAUAGAAGCAACAAAUGAACCUGAAGCCUUAAUUGAAAAGAUUAAGAAAGCAGGAAUGAAAGUUGGAGUAGCUAUUAAACCAAAGACUCCAAUAGACACUGUUUAUUCUUUGGUUGACAAAAUUGACAUGUGUUUAGUAAUGACCGUUGAACCAGGUUUUGGAGGUCAAAAAUUUAUGACCGAUUGCAUGCCAAAGGUAAAAAUAUUAAGAGAAAAAUUCCCUGAACUUGAUAUUGAAGUAGAUGGUGGGCUUGCUCUUGAUACAAUUGAUCAAGCAGUUCAAGCAGGUGCUAACGUCAUUGUAGCUGGUACUUCAGUUUUUAAAGCUGAAAAUCCUAAAGAAGUUAUCUCAACUUUUAGGGAAAAAGUUAAUACGUUACAAAAAUCAUGA